GAAACACGACGAGUAGUUUCGGGCCGCAUUCCGUGCAACGCGUCAAAGCACUCUACCGACGGCCGCGGGUUCGCAUUAGCAUGACCGAGGACCCGCUGCGCGUGCAAGUGAACGUGGAGCCGACGUCGCCGUACCAGAUGGUGCUGUCGCCGCAUCAGUCGCCGAUCGACGACGCCGAGGCCUUCCGCACGGUCCAUCUCAACGACGCACCGGCGAACGCAAGCUACCGGUACUGCAGCAACACGAUCGUGACGUCGCGCUACACGCCGCUCAACUUUCUGCCCAAGAUCCUUUGGUACGAGUUCAGCAAGCUCGCCAACUUUUACUUCCUCGUCAUCUCGGUCAUGCAAUGCAUCAAGCCGAUCUCCAAUACGGGCGGCUUUCCGGCCUCGCUGCCCGCGCUCAUUGUCAUUGUAACCAUCGACAUGGCCUUCGCCGCCAUGGAAGACUACCGCCGCCACGUCGCCGACGACACGACGAACUUUGCGCCCGUGCAACGCUACAACCGUUCGAAGAUGGCGUUUGAAGGCUGCACGUCGGAAGAGAUUCGCGUCGGCGAUAUCAUCAAGGUGUGCAACCGCGAAGUGAUCCCGGCGGAUGUUGUGAUUCUCGGCGCGUUUGAACCCGACCCGGCCCGCCCCGCGGGCAUUUGCUACGUCGAGACCAAGAGCUUGGACGGCGAGACGAACCUCAAGCUCCGGCAGGGCCUCGAGUGCACGUACACAACGGUUCAGGACGACUCGCACCUUGCCGACCUCGAAGGCCGCGUGCUCUGCGAGCAGCCCAACAACUCGAUCCAUCGCUUCAGUGGCACGCUCACGCUCCGCAACGGAGUGCAAGAGACCAUCGGCGCCAACGCCAUCUUGCUGCGCGGCUGCACGUUGCGCAACACCGAGUACAUUUACGGCCUCGUCGUCAACACGGGUCCCGACACGAAAAUCAUGAUGGCGUCACAGAAUAAGAAGACGGUCAAGUGGAGCAACAUGGAGCGGCGGCUCAACACUCAGAUCCUCUACAUCUGCGGGCUCAUGGUGGUGCUCUGUCUCUGUGGCGCCAUCGGUGCCACGGUCUGGAACCGCCGGUACCUCUCCAACAAGCCCAACGACAAGGCGUGGUACCUCUUCUUUUCGUCGCGGGACGUGACGGUCGCCAACCCGGUCGCCAACUUUUUUCUGCUCUUUCUGUACUUUUUCCUGCUCCUCAACUCGUUCAUUCCAGUCUCGCUCUACGUGAGUAUGACGAGCGUCAAGUUUGUCCAAGCCUACUUUAUGAACCACGACCUCAAGAUGUACCACGCCGAGUCGGACACGCCGUGCCAAGUGCGCACGAUGUCGCUCAACGAGGAGCUCGGCCAAGUCGACUACGUCUUCUCCGACAAGACGGGGACGCUCACUUGCAACGUCAUGGAGUUCCGCAAAUGCUCGAUCCGCGGCGUCGCGUACGGGCUCGGCGACACGGAGGUCGGGCUCGCGGCCAAGCGCCGCCAAGGCAAGUGCGACGAGACGACCGUCGACUUGAGCCAGCAUCGGUCGGUCACGGCACCGUUCGUCAACUUUCAGGACGACGCGCUCUUUGUCGCGGACCCGGAGACGCUUGCGCCGUUUUUUGAGCACCUCGCGGUGUGUCACACGGUCAUGCCCGAGACCAGCGCGGACGGAUCGCUUCGGCUGUCGGCGUCGUCGCCCGACGAGCAGGCGCUCGUGGCGGCGGCCGCCUGCUUUGGCUUCAAGUUCUUUGCGCGUGCGCCGGGCGAGGCGGUGAUCGAGAAGCUCGACUACCUGGGCGGAGACUCGGAUGCGUCACGCGGCGUCGUGACGUACAAAGUCCUCGACGUCCUCGAGUUCAACUCGACGCGGAAGCGCAUGUCGGUCAUCGCGCGUGGUCCCAACGGCCAGCUCGUGCUCCUCUGCAAGGGUGCCGACACGGUCAUUUACGAACGCCUCUCGGAAACGACGAGUGCGGCGGUCGCCCUUGUGCGCCAGAAGACCUUGGAGCACAUGGAGAUGUUUGCUUCGGAAGGACUUCGGACACUUGUGAUUGCAUCGGCGCCGAUCGACGAAGCGUUCUACGCCGAGUGGUCGGUCAAGUACCGCGCCGCCUGCAACGACAUGCGCGAAAUCGAGCGGCGGCGGGAAGGCGAGCCGAACGCAAUCGAUCUGCUCAUGGAAGAGAUGGAGAUGGACCUCGAGAUUCUCGGCGCGACGGCCAUCGAAGACAAGCUCCAGGAAGGUGUCCCGGACACGAUCGCCAAGCUGCGCGAAGCCGCCAUCAAGGUGUGGAUGCUCACCGGCGACAAGCAAGAAACCGCCAUCAACAUUGGCUUUGCGUGCCAGCUCUUGCACAUGGAAAUGGAGCUCGUCGUCAUAUGCGCCGACGACCAUCCGGACAUCUCGUCGAUCCGCGCCAAGCUCGAAGAGUUCAGCCACGUCCCGGUGCUCGACGACGGCACGCCCGCGGAGCUUGGGCUCGUCAUGGACGGCGAGACGCUCGAGCUGGCGCUCUUGCAUUGUCCCCUCCUGCUCUUGGCGGUCGCGCAGCAGUGCGCGGCCGUGAUUGCGUGCCGCGUUUCGCCAGCGCAGAAAGCGCAGCUCGUGCAACUCGUCAAGUCGAACGUGCCAACCGCCCGGACCUUGGCCAUCGGCGACGGCGCCAACGACGUGAGCAUGAUCCUCUCGGCGCACAUUGGCGUCGGCAUCUCGGGCCAGGAAGGCAUGCAAGCCGCCAACUCGAGCGACUAUGCAAUCGCGCAAUUCCGGUUUCUGAAGCGACUGCUUUUUGUGCACGGCCGCUGGAACUACAACCGGAUGUCGAUCGUCAUCCUGUACAUCUUUUACAAGAACGUCAUGAUGAACCUGACGCAGUACUGGUACAUGUUCUUCACGGGCUACUCGGGCCAGAAGUUCUUCCUCGAAUGGGGCCUCCAAGGCUACAACCUCUUCUUCACGGCCCUUCCGAUCGUGGUCGUUGGCGCGCUCGACCAAGACUUGCCCGACUACAUUUGUGAAGGCUUUCCGCGCCUCUACCGCAUGGGCCAGAGCAACACCAAGUUCAACACGCUCAUCGUGUGGCGAUGGAUCCUCUCGUGCUUCUGGCAGUCGAUGGUCAUCUGCCUCUUCACGGUCUACGGCCUCCAGCUCGAACACUCGACGACGCCGAUGUGGGUCUUUGGCGCGGCCGCGUUUACCAUCGUCAUCGUUGUCGUCACGCUCAAGCUCGCGUUGCAUCAGUACCUCAUCACGGGCUGGCACGUCGCCUUGUUUACUGUCUCGGCCGGUUUCUGGCCCGUCGUCGGCUUCAUCGUAUCGACCGGGACGUUUUCUUUGUACUGGCGCGGCGCCUUCCACGUGGUCAUGUGCUCGCCGGGCUUUUGGCUGAGCUUCCCGCUCAUCCUCUUUGCCGCGCUCUCGCGCGACUACUUUUGGAAGGGCUACCAGCGCGCGUUUUCGCCCACGUAUACGCACUUGGCGCAGGAGGUCCACUGCUUCAAGUGGCACCAAAUCGCGCACCAAUUGCUCUCGUACCCGCCGCCGCCGCAGUUUUGCCUCGCGGAGCUCGAGCGGCUGCAGGCGGCGGCGUCGACGACCGAGAAGAACGACACGAUGGACCAAGAGCUCCGCGGCGAAAAGAACAUGGCGUCCUCGGCGUCGCCAGGCUUCAAGUCGACGUCGACGCGCCGCUUGCGCGGGACCGCGUUCAGCUAUGACGCCGACUCAGUCAUGGCCCAAGGCUUCAUGGCCACGGACACGUCGCUCUCGAAGGCGCGCAUCUCGUUCGAUCGACAUGCAAGCCGCGGCUCCAUGGCGCUGCAAAUGGACCUCGCAGCCCCGAGUGUCGACUCGCCCUAUGAAGUGCAGCGGCAGGAGCGCGGACUCCCGCCCCGCGUUGCCCGGGCGCCGACCGUUGGCAACGUGUUCCAGCACGCGACUGGUCGCCGGACGCGCACACGCCGGGCGUCCUCGAUGGAGGAAUUGACCGCGCGCGAGCGGGAGGCCCUGCAGAUGGUCCGGCGCUUUAGCGUCCGCACGAGCCUCCACGGUCCCCGCGGCGACUUUGCCUUUUGAACAGCACGAAAUUGCAUAUAAAAUAAUAGACGACUAGAUAUUACAAGGGC